AUGCCGUGCGCACACAACUGUCUACCCACAAUCACCAUGCCGUGCGCUACCGUCUGCCCGGUGCCCACAAUCACCAUGCACCCUCCUGCAAAGAUGCUGCUCCUCCUCGCCGGCGUCGUUGCCGUACUGCUCGCCACCUCGUCCCAUGUGUCAGCGGCCUGCACACCGCAGGAGCAGGACGCACUGCUGGCCAUCAAGCGAGGCAUCACCGGGGAGAUCGGCACCGCUGGUCUCCUCGCCUCAUGGCGCAAAGACGAAGACUGCUGCCAGUGGAGAGGUGUCCGGUGCAGCAACCGGACUGGCCAUGUCGUCGCGCUGAACCUUCGAGGCCAGGGACUGGCCGGUGAGAUAAGUCCUUCUCUGCUCUCCCUGCCGCAUCUGGAGCAUCUUGAUCUCAGCGCCACCAACCUUACAGGCCGUAUUCCUGCCUUUCUGGGUUCUUUGGCAAACUUGAGAUAUCUUAACCUAUCCCAUGUAAAGUUUUCUCCCGGGGAAGUUCCUCCCCACCUUGGCAACCUCUCAAAGCUGCACUAUCUUGACUUAUCAACCUAUGACUAUAACUAUGUGUCCUCCAAGGAUCUCUCAUGGCUAACACGUCUACGGUUUCUAAGGUAUCUCAACCUGGGUGCCAUAGACCUGAGCACAGUAGCCGAUUGGCCUCAUGUGGUCAACGCCCUUCCUUCUUUGAGAUCCCUUCAUCUUUCUCGUUGUGCGCUAAUUAGUGCCAACCAGUCGCUCCCACAAUUAAACCUCAGUACAACCCUUGAGGAGCUCGACCUCUCUGAAAACAACUUUGACCACCCCAUUGCGUCUUGUUGGUUUUGGAACCUAACAAGACUCAAGCAUCUCUACGUGGAAUAUAUCGACGGACUAUAUGGUCAGCUUCCUGAUGCAUUGGGGGGCAUGAUAUCCUUGCAAGAAUUAUCCUUAUCACAAGUUAGCAACACAAUGAGCAUGGACUCGGCAAACUUGAAGAACCUAUGCAAUUUGAGGUUCCUAGACCUUGGUUCUUGUUUCUCACAUGGAAUUAAAGCGGAGAAGCUGCCGCAAUGUUCGUCAAACAAAUUGCAGAAGUUGUACCUGGAGGAAAACCGGUUGACAGGAACUCUUGAAGAUUGGAUGGGACACCGCACAGGCUUAGUCGUUCUUUGGCUCUAUUCGAACAACAUUACUGGGCCUAUACCAGAAUCUAUAGGGCGGUUUAGAAAUUUACGGGGUCUACUCCUCUCUGGCAACAACCUGACUGGACAUGUGCCGUCUGAAAUCGGCAUUCUCACAAAUUUGUGGGGUAUAGACCUCUCUGACAACCACUUGACUGGACAUGUCCCAUCUGAAAUCGGCGUUCUCACAAAUUUGCGUUCGUUGGAUCUAAGUGGCAAUCACUUGGAUGGUCUAAUUAUGGAAGAGCACUUUCAUGGUCUAAAAAGCUUAGAGAAAUUAUGCUUGAGUUCUGAGAUGUUUGACCAACAAUUAUCUGAUAAUCAAUUGGAGAUUAAGGUUAGUUCAGAAUGGGUUCCUCCAUUUAGACUGCAAGAAGCGCAUCUUGGAUCUUGCCAGAUGGGGCCUCAGUUCCCUGCAUGGCUUAAGUGGCACGUGGAUCUUACUUAUCUUGAUAUCUCAAGCGCAGGUAUAACCGAUAGGUUUCCAGAUUGGUUCUAUAAUGCCUUUUCAAAGGUCACAUACAUGGAUAUCUCCAAUAACCGAAUAAGUGGUGCCUUGCCAAAAGAAUUGGGUAACAUGUCAUUGGUUUAUCUGUUUGCUGGUUCAAACAAUAUAUCUGGUAGAAUACCUCAAUUGCCAAGAAAUCUAAACACAUUGGACAUAUCAGGAAACUCUUUAUCGGGACCCCUGCCAUCAGAUUUUGGGGUUCCAAGCCUGACUUGGAUAGAUCUAUCUUCCAAUUACAUCUCAGGUCAAAUUCCAGUAUCUCUAUGUGAAUUGGACCUAUACUUCUUGAUUUUGGCCAACAAUCUUCUUGAAGGAGAACUUCCUCAGUUAAGAACAACAUACAUACAAAUUCUGUUGUUAAGUAAUAAUAGCUUCUCUGGCAAGUUUCCACCAUUUCUAGAAAGUUCCACAAGGAUAUCUUUUUUAGAUCUGUCAAGGAACAAAUUCUCCGGAAUAUUACCAAUGUGGAUUGGGAACUUGGCGGAACUACGGUUUCUGCAGCUGAGCAACAACAUGUUCUAUGGGCAUAUUCCGAAUAACAUUACAAGUCUCAGAAAACUUUAUCAUUUGAAUCUGGCAGCUAAUAGGAUAUCAGGUUCCAUACCUCAUCGGCUAUCAAAUCUAACAGCCAUGACAACACCAUACAUACUGGAUCCAAACACCAUCCAUGAUUUUUCCGCACUUUUAAUAACAGAUAUGCCUGUGCUCACCAAGAGGCAACAACUUAAAUACAGAGGUAAUGGUGUUUUGGAGAUAUCGAGCAUUGACUUCUCAUGCAAUUAUUUAAGCGGUAAAUUUCCAAAGGAAAUUACGUCUCUUGAUGGAUUGAAAAACCUGAACUUGUCUUGGAAUCAACUGAAUGGAGGAUUACCUAACAAGAUUGGGGACAUGCAGACAUUGGAGUCACUUGACAUCUCGAAUAAUAACAUUUCAGGAGAAAUCCCGGCAAGCAUAUCAAAUCUAACGUACUUGAGUAUUCUGGACCUGUCCUAUAAUCAUCUAGAAGGAAGAAUACCAUCAGGAGGUCAACUUGAAACUCUUUAUGUGGAGAACCCAUCCAUGUACAAUGGCAACAUUGGCCUUUGUGGGCCUAUCCUUCAUAAAAAUUGCUCUGUCAACAAUAAUACACCACAGCCUGACCAUCAAGAGGGAAGUGAAGAAGUUUCAGAAUCAAUGUUGUUCAUUUACUAUGGACUUGGGUCAGGAUUUGUAGCUGGCCUUUGGGUUGUGUUUGUUGCUCUGCUCUUCAAGACAGCAUGGAGGAUUGCUUAUUUUAGCUUCUUUGACAAGGUGCACGAUAAAGCCUAUGUGUUUAUGGUCCUCACUUGGGGCAGGUUAGCCAGGACUAGGUAA